AUGGCAGAUCUUGUGCAUGAACAAGACUGGAACUGGGAAAACUGUGGACGUGGAUUGUGUCUUGCUGAAAUUUGUGAAGUCUAUAGACCUACUGGCAAAGUUAUUGAGAUGCAGCCAAUGUUGACAGAGGAACAAAAAUUAAGUCUAAAGGAAUUCAAAUGGUGUUUUGGUGAAUACUGUAAGAUUCGGAUUGUGAAAUACCAAGGUGAUAAUAUUGUACUGGCUCCCAAUUUUAAAUUCAAAGCAGAAUACAGAAAAUCAGAUUUUGUUCUGAUUUUGAAGAACCUGACAACAGAAGACACUGGAAUCUAUACUGCAUCUGUCUUGAAUAACGAAUCUGAAUCAACAGAACUUAUUUCAUAUAAACUCUUUCUUCAAGAUCCUGUACGACAACUUUCAAACAAAGAAUUUCAAAUCCUGAACUCUGAUGGCAGUUGUAAUAUCACUCUGAAUUGCUCAGUUGGGGCAGGCACCGAAGUCACAUUGAAAUGGAAGCAGAUUGGAGCCAAUGAGUCUUUGAUUACUUCACACAAAGCUUCUCAUCUGGAAUAUUCUGCACACUAUAGAGCUGGAAGUCAUGCUUCUUUCACCUGUUUUGCAGAAAAUAAAGUCAGCAAUUUGUCAUUAACUACAAGAAAACUUUGUGAACCAGACAUGCCUAAAGGCAUUUCAUUAUUGCUCCUUAUAAUUUCAAUAGUAUCUCCUAUUAUUAUUUUAUUUGCUGUAAUUCUCGUAAUAUUUUGCUACCGGAAAACCCAUCGUAAAAACUUUGAUAAAGACGAAAGUGACGCCAAUACAGUGUAUGCUGGUAUAGCUGAAGUUAAUGAACAGGUACAUUUAUUCUUUUUUAACAUUUUUGAAUCAUAUGCUUUAAAACUGUUUAAUAACUGCUGGCAUUACAGAUGUGACAAUCCCAGAUAACGUCCCAUCUACUACCUGAGCUGUAAUCAGUGAGAACUUUGCCAGUUUUUCUGGGUUCACAAAAAUGUUUUCAGGCAAUUCUAAAUUGCUUCAGUUCAGGUGCGUACAUCAAUUUGGGUACUGGAAAACUACUGAAAACCCCAACUUUUAAAAUGGUAUGAUACCAGCAUUUUGGGAUUCCCCUUGUCACUCACUAGUAUAGAUUUUGAAAAACUUCUGUUUUGUAGAGUUUAUGAAAUGAAGACACAUGAUUUAAUGUGAUCGGGAGUUCAUGGACCCCUGCACCCCUUUUGCCUCAACUAAUGUGAUCUGGACUUCAUAGCUACCUAAAGGGAAGUGGGGGUUUUGGAGUUACAGUAUCUGUUAUUUGCUCUGAACUCUUUUGGUACCAGUACUGGUUGCACUCAGAAUCUUAGUACCAGUCCAACACUAGCAUAGAUCACUUCACCUUCUUUUCCUUGAGGAGGGUUGUUGUAGACACAUGCAGAACUCAACAGAUCAGGCCAACAUAUCCCCAGAAAUGUCUUUUAAACCCUCCUAGAAAACUGACAGAUAUAAAUGCACCAGCAUGCCCAGGGUCUUCUCCCGCUGGAGUGAGCUAUACACCUACCACACAAAUGACAUGCAAAUUCCAAACACACAACAACUAUAUGUGGGACUUGAGCCCAAGAUGCCUGAGGUGGCACUAUACCUACUACACCAUGGUGGCACUUUUAGUAAUCAUUUCUUUCUCUUGA